AUGUAUCGUUUCGUGGUCUUAUUUGUUCUCUUCAGUUUCGCAUACAGUCGCCAACACUGCCACAACGAUCCCGCUUGCAAAGCCACAAACCGUUUAAACAAAAAGAACAACUACCACUACGAAAGGGUAUUCGAUAAAGUUUCCCGCAGUUUCAUCACCUCUGAUAGAGAUAUCCAGCAAAACUGCAAUGUAAGUACCAGCAACUUAAUUAGUGAAGUGUUCGGUUUAAAUAACUACGUUCUUAAAUAUAAAAUACCGGCUUUCGAAGAAGAUGAAUUGUCGAUCGUAAUCAGACACAGAGUAAUGUACUUGAGAGCUCAAAAAGAAAAUGGGCUCAGUUUUAGAGACGUCAGGAUUUUACCGCAUAUUAUGAAGACUCAAGACGCCAAAUGGUUUAGGGAGAACGACACACUAAAUAUUGUAUUCCCGUACAGAACUCCACUUCAAGCGGAAUCAGUAACCACCUGCGACCUUAAUAUCAUUGAUUAUGCCAUUUAUGUACCAAAAUUGACGACGGACAAUGGAACUAUUGCCAAUGCUAAAGCUUAA